GAAGGGGUUGCAUGUUCCAUCGGUUGUAACAGUGUCGCUGAAUGUUGUAACAGGGGGGCUUCUCGCGUCCGUAUCAUUUUUUUCUAUUCCUGUUAAAUAAACAUUGGGACUCAAAGAAAAGCUUCCAGUGGAAUGUAGUUGCUGGCACAACUGAUGAUUUAGUGUGUAUAGAUACUCUCUGCGUCCGUUAUAGAUGAUGGAUAUGUGUAAAUGCAUGCAGCAAUGAAAGAUAGCUUUGAUUAGAUCGCUUUCGAUACGGCAUUGUAGUAUCUUUACUUUUUGAUACUUCGUUGAUUAUAGAGUAGUUGAAUGAAUAUAUUGCUGUUGAUAGGUAGAAGAUAUGGUGUCUUACAAUCGGCUACGUCCAGGAGCGAAAAUGUAGAUACGUUUAAUGAAGUGGUGGUACAGUCGUAUUUGACUAAUGCGGAUACUGCUACUCUUACUAAAUUCAAUAAUAUGGCGAACAAAGAUUUUCGACUUGACUUCUUGAGUGUUUGCGAGGAACUGAUGUUUGGAGUUGGGGUUGUGUGGCUUAUAUUCAAAUUUUAUCAAUUAUGAUGGGGGUAAUCAUCAUCAUGGAGAAUCAGCUGGACUAAUGGAUCAUGCUAUACUUUUUAGAACCGUUGUUGGUAAUGUCGUUCAUGGCUGGCGUGUAUUAUACGUGUGCCUGUACUGAAUGCUAACUUCCUACUGACAAGACUAUAGAAGAACUAGUAUAUAUUUGCAAAGUAAUAUCUGAGGUUCUUUCUAUUAACUUUCAAAAUGAUGGAAACCGAUCCUCCUCAAUUUUUGUCAAAAGAUGAUGAAAUUCAAUAUUGGAUGGAUCUUGCUCAUCAGAUGCAUCAAAGAAAAGAAGAUGUUGAAAGAGAAUUAGAAGAAUUUCAAGAAAAUUCUCAAAUGUUGGAAAAAGAAUUAGAAACAUCUUUAGAACAAGCUGAAAAAGCAAAUAGAGAAUUAAGACAAAGGAAUACACGACUUGCAACAGAAGUAGAGCAAUUAAGAACAAGAUUAGAUCAACAAACUGCGGAUUGUGCUAUGUUUCAGUCACAAGCACAAGAUUUGCAAUUACAACAUGAGCAAUUGAUGAAAUAUAUCAGAGAACUGGAACAGAAGAAUGAUGAUUUAGAAAGAGCACAUAGGGUAAAUAGAGUAACGGAAGAAGAGAUAGAAGCUAAAUUUAACUUGGCAAUAGAAAAGAAUGCUUUACUUGAGUCGGAGCUCGAUGAAAAGGAAGGCUUAAAAGUCAUAGUACAAAGAUUAAUGGAUGAAAUUAGAGAUUUGAAACAAGAGAUUCAAGUACAAGAGCGACACCAACCAGAUAAUGAUAAGACAGCAGAUAGAGUUCGUAAUCUUGUAGAUAGUAAUAAACUACAAGUUGAACUAGAAACACAUACACCACCUUCCAGUCCAUUAGUUUCACAAUCUAUACCUUCAAAUAACACGACUCCAUCAUUGAAAAUUGGAAAUGGAGUAGUAGGGGGUGUAAUUGGGAACAACAAUAAUAAUAUAAAUCCACCGUUGGCACCAUGUACCAGAAUAUUAGCGAUGAAUAUGAUUGGAGACCUGAUGCGAAAAGUUGGACUUGACAGAUGGGUCUGCAUGGACUGUAGGAGGGUGAAAUGCACUUGUCCAAAUGGAAAAAAAUCAAAUACCAUUCCAACAAAUAAUGCACCAUCGAUUCAAGUUUAUACACCUACACAGUGUAUUAGGCAACAACCUAGACCAGCCAAAUGCAGACAAUCUUCGUGAUACCUCAUCAUUAAAUUAUUUUCCAUCUCCUUAUAAUGCAGGCUUUGGAAAACAAAUUGAAUACAUGUAGAAAUGCAUCACGAGAGGACCAAGCUGUACGUGAUCUCUACAGGUAACAUUUCUAUCAAACUUUCACAUGGAAUUGUGCUGUUCUUUAUUUGUACUGUUACAUAACCCUCAAAAGUAAAUAUUAUGUACCUGCAAAAAUUUUUAUGUAUAAAAUGUAAAAUAUUCAAAUUGCAUAAUUUUUUUGGAACUAAUCAAUUGGAAAGGUACAUGAUACUGGCCAAAUAAAAUAAAGUGUACUUAUUGUUAAGUUAA